CCACUUCCACCUGGUCCUACACCCCUCCCAAUACUGGGGAAUGUUCUGAGUCUUGAUGCCGCUCGGCCUUGGCAGACCUUCAAUGCCUGGAGGUCCACAUAUGGCGACAUCAUUUUUGCUCGUCUCCUCAACAAGCCUGUGGUUGUGAUUAACUCUGAGGAGGUUGCGAAAGACCUCUUUGAAGGGCGUUCCGCCAUAUAUUCGGAUAAACCCCAGUCCAUUGUUUACGAACACUUCAGUGCGGACUCCAUGGCAUCACUCCUACCAUAUGGAGAUAGGUGGCGCCUUCACCGACGAAUUCUUCAUCAGGCAUUUCGUCAGGUUGAAACGCCUACUUACCACGCUAUGCAACUGUGUUGCGCCCGCAAAAUGCUGUUCCGUGUUCUACAAGACCCUGGUGAAUAUUCAAGGCAUUUUGAGAUGUUUAGCGCUUCCUUUAUAUUGUCUAUAGCAUAUGAUUAUGAAGCGAAAGCCAGGGAUGAUCCCAUGGUCCACGUCAUGGAAAGGUACUUGGAUCGGGCAGUCGUAGCUUUGACGCCAGGUGUUACUGUGAUACUUGAAACAUUCCCUUUCCUUUUGAAGUUACCCAACUGGUUUCCUGGUGCCACAUUCAAGCGAGCAUCACUGCAGUGUCUCAAGGCAGCCCAUGAUAUGAGGGAGAUACCCUUUCAAUUUGUCCAAGAGAGAAUGGCUACCGGCGUCACGGCACCUUGUCUCGUGGCUGAUAAUUUGAACAAGAUGGGGCGUUUGAACGACGCCGUCAUUACAACUGCAGUCAAGGAGACUACUGCCACGUUACUCGUGUUCAUUCUUGCUAUGGUGCUCAAUCCAGAAGUACAAACCAAAGCCCAAGCAGAGAUUGAUCGAAUUGUCGGCAAAGAUAGACUACCUGAUUUCGAUGACAGACCUGCGUUACCUUAUAUUGAUGCUAUUUUACGUGAAACACUAAGGUGGCAGCCUGUGAUUCCGUUUGGCAUGCCAGGCGCAACAACGACCAGUGACGUUUACAAAGGCUACUUCAUCCCUAAAGGUUUGGCGAUUACACACGAUGAAAAGAAGUACCCCAGUCCUGAUGAAUUCAAGCCGGAAAGAUUUCUUCAUGAAGAUGGGUCGCUCACUAGCGACACGAUGCAAUCAGGCUUUGGCUUUGGUCGCCGGAUCUGUGUGGGACGAUAUGCCGCGGAUGCGUCACUCUGGAUCGCGAUGACGAGCUUUCUCGCCAUAUUCUCAGCUCACAAGACUCUUGAUGAACACGGCAUGGACAUCCCAGUCAUUCCAAAGUUCUCUACAGGCCUUAUCAUUCAUCCGGAGAAAUUUCCCUGCCGCAUUGUCCCGCGGUUCCCCGAUACAUCUUUGAAGACACUGAUGUACUUGACUGGGUUAGAUCCGUGUGUCGACAUCUCCUGAACAUUUCACAUACAGCAGCAGGGGAACCCCAUUCUUGGUGUAAAUGUGUCGUAUACGGCUCACGGAUAUAGCUUUCUACUUUGUAAAUUGUAUCUUACCAUUCGAGCAUAGGGCAGAAAUAUUAUACUAGCACUGAUUGGAGGUGGCUGCCUUUGUGAAGGCGUUAGCGUCGGUGCGUACGCCAUGCUGCUGUGGCUUGACGGUUGGGUAUGAAGCCAAAUGUGACUUCUGCUCGUUCGAGUUCCUGAAGAGAUUAAAAGUUAAACUU